GUGUUUUUUCGCGUUCUAUCGUGAGUUACACUGUUCCUUUUUAAUUUUCUGUAAGUUUUUGCAUGGUUUUGUAAGAUUUUUUCAUCAAAUAAAAUCGGUUUCCCUAUAUUUUUUUAUGUAGUAUGAUAACAAGUGAAAUUUGUGAAAGUUGUAUAGACGGAUUGUUAGUUUUGUACAAAACUUGUGUAGAAUUUAUAUUGUGGAAUACGAGUUAUAGUUAAAUAAAUGUUCGAUAAAAUUUUGGUUUCAAAGGCUGCUCUAUCAGUCUCUACUUCUCCAGCGUAAACAGAGCUGCUCUUAUUUCACUGCUUGCAGCCACAACAGAUCCACAAAAAUGGAUCAAUUGAAAUGGGAAGAGAAGUACAGCUUGAUUACUAAAGAUUUGGCUGAAUGGUUAGGAGACGAGAAGCUUAAAGCAAUUUUGAAAGAGAGGGAUUUGAAAAUUUACUGGGGUACAGCCACCACUGGCAAGCCUCAUAUUGGCUACUUUGUACCAAUGAUAAAAAUUGCUGAUUUCUUGAGAGCUGGAGCCGAGGUUACCAUACUUUUUGCUGAUCUUCAUGCUUAUCUUGACAACAUGAAGGCUCCCUGGGAACUACUGGAACUGAGAACCCAGUACUACGAGGCUAUCAUUAAAUCCAUGCUAAAAUCCAUUGAUGUUCCAUUGGAUAAAUUGAAAUUUGUUAAAGGAACAGAUUAUCAGUUGUCCAAAGAAUAUACUUUAGAUGUAUACAGGCUGAGUUCUAUUGUGACUGAACAUGAUGCAAAAAAAGCUGGCGCAGAAGUAGUUAAGCAAAUAGCCAAUCCAUUACUAUCUGGAUUAAUGUAUCCUGGUCUGCAGGCCUUGGAUGAAGAAUAUUUAAAAGUUGAUGCCCAAUUCGGAGGUGUAGACCAGAGAAAAAUUUUUACUUUUUCUGAAAAGUAUUUACCUUCAAUGGGAUAUGAAAAACGUAUUCAUCUAAUGAACCCAAUGAUACCAGGAUUAGCUGGAGCCAAGAUGUCUUCAUCAGAGGAAGACUCAAAGAUUGAUCUGUUAGACAAUGCAGCAUCAGUUAAAAAAAAAUUGAAGAAAGCUUUUUGCGAGCCAGGAAAUAUUACAGACAAUGGGCUUCUUUCAUUUUCAAAGUCUGUUCUUUUCCCACUUUUAAAAGAUGAUGAAAAGUAUCUUGUACCCAGAUCUGCUGAAUUUGGAGGUGACAUUACCUUUGGCAACUAUGAAGACCUUGAAAGUUCUUUUGCCAAACAAGAGAUUCAUCCAGGUGACUUAAAAGGUGCAGUAGAAGUAUAUAUAAAUAGAGUGUUGGAUCCUAUUAGAAAAGAAUUUGCAAAUGAUGGAAAACUCAAGUCUCUUACCUCAAAAGCCUAUCCACCUCCUCAAAAACAAAAGCCGCAACCAGUAGCUGAUGAAGUUGUUCCUUCAAGAUUGGAUAUUAGGGUUGGAAAAAUUGUUGAAGUGGAAAGACAUCCAGAUGCAGACAGUUUAUACGUAGAGAAAAUAGACUUGGGAGAAGAGUCUGGGCCUAGAACCAUUGUUAGUGGUCUUGUUAACUAUGUUCCAAUUGAAGAAAUGAAGGACAGGAUGGUAGUUGUUCUAGCUAAUUUGAAACCAGCUAAUCUUAGAGGAGUUGCAUCACAUGGGAUGGUUCUCUGUGCAUCAGUGGAUGAGCCUGUAAGAGCAGUUGAACCUUUGAGGCCCCCAGUUAACAGUAAAGCUGGGGACAAAGUUAUUGUUGAGGGAUAUGAAAGUGGAACUCCCGAUGAGGUUUUGAAUCCAAAAAAGAAAGUUUGGGAAAAACUACAGGUGGACCUUGUAGUCAAUGGAAGUGGGAUUGCCUGCUGGAGUGGAAAUCCUCUUCUUACACCCAGCAAUGAAAAUCUUAUAGCAGACAAACUAAGGAAUGUUUCAAUCAAAUAACGCACUUCACACUUGAUAACAUAUCAUACGACACUGUUCAAAUAACUAACCCGCUUGAAUUAUUCUUUUUGAUAAUUAGCAUUUAAUAAAACUUUUUCACAUAUUUACAGUUGAUUCU